AGUCGAAUUUAGUAGAGGUAAACACAAAUAAACAAAAUCAGAUGUUCAUUAAAAGUCAACGCCUUUUAAGUAGAAUAUAAUUGUAAAAGUUUCUAAUUUUAUUAAGUAAAACUUAACUGUAAUGCUGCCAGAGCCGGCAACAUUCUCAAUAACCUUGCUUAUAUAUGGCGGUAUACUUUUACUUCUGAUUUACUAUAUAUUAUUACUCGCCGAUCUGGAAAGUGACUAUUUAAAUGCUCAAGAAUGUUGUUCACGUCUAAAUUUCUGGGUCAUUCCCAAGUUCGGUGUACAAGCAUUCAUUUGUAUUUUAAUGGUAAUCGACGGACACUGGAUAAUGAUGUUAGUCAACUUGCCCAUGGCCAUUUGGUUAGGUUACGAAUUAAGAAGACAACCGAAGGAUAGUCUAGGCGUUUACGAUCCAGUCGACAUACACAGCCGUGGGCUAUUAAAAACGCAUUUAAGGAAUUGUAUGAUAUAUUUGGCAUAUUAUUUUACUAUGUUCUUUGUGGGACUAUAUUGCUUAAUUAUUGCUUUAUUAAAAGGGGAUCCCAUCAAGCGGCAUGAGGAAGGAGAGAUAGUAACAGAUUUUUAAGUAAAUAGCUGCAGUAUUCAGUAGUUCUUUAACCAUAUCAUUACCAGAUUCCUUUUAGUUUAUUCUAGUCAAAUUUUGUAGCAAAACGCACUCAUUUAUAAUAGAAAACAAUAUAAUGUCUUCCUAAUUUAUAUUAAAUUCACGAUGUAUACGUUAUAUAAAUAACAAAGUCAUGUCAUCGUCAUUAUCAUCUAAAUCAAGAGCACAAAUAUUUUCACCAAUGCGUUGUAAUUAAAAUUAAGCUACAAUAAAAAAUAAUCAUGUUCAACAACGUAGAUUUAUGAUU